UUUUGGCCUGAAUCUCCCCCCGUCUUCUUCUUCUUCUUCUUCUUCUUCCAAUCAUACAAUACAGCACCAAGUCUCCCUCUCUGACUCAGUAAUUCAUCAACAUCCUCUGUGCAAUCCCAAUCCAAUCCAAUUCAAUUCCCACCAUUACCCAUCUCCAUUUCUUCCGUCGAGGAAGCUUAAAGGUGAUUCCUUUAUCGAGAUCAACCCGCCAUGGCAUCGAAUUCAAGGCGAAUGAUGCUGGGCUGAUCUUCCUCAGCUGAUUUCGCUUUCUGGGUCUGUUCAGCUGACCCGAUUUGGAUCAAUGUCAAUGCCCGUCUCGGUUGAUUUGGAGAAGGUGAUCCGAAUAAAGGAAUUCUUCAUUUAGUAAACGGGGCUUUGCGAGGAUGAAAUGACUUCCCGGCAGGAUAAUGCUGAUCCCAACAAUGUACCAGGGACUUGCCUCUCAGACCUCCUACGUGCAGAACUCCCUGAUUGGGAAUACGAAAAGGAAGAUCCACCCGAUUGGAAAUGCAGAAAUGACAGAAACACUUCUUCUUCAGGACCACAGGAAAGGCUAGAGAGGCUGAUGAACCAAUCUGGGAAUAGGUCUUGUGCAGAUUGUGGGGCUGCAGACCCAAAAUGGGUAUCGUUAAGUCUGGGGGCAUUUGUCUGUAUCAAGUGUUCUGGUGUUCAUCGAAGUCUCGGUGUGCACAUAACAAAGGUUUUAUCGGUCAAUCUAGACGACUGGACAGAUGAGCAAGUCAACGCCUUAGUCGAUUUGGGAGGAAAUACGGCAGUAAAUUUGAAAUAUGAAGCUUGCCUUCCCCACAACUUCACGAAACCAAGACCUGAUUCCUCUACUGACGAGCGCUCUGAUUUCAUUAGGAGAAAAUAUGAGCAGCAAGAAUUUCUGUACUCUGAAGAACGGAUGAGUUGCCCCUUCGUUCCAAAUCGUAAGGACUCGAAUUCUACCCAAAAUGACUCUUCGAGCAAUAGCACUGCCCAAGAUAAGAAAAAUCUUGACAAGCAGGCCACAAGGCAUCGAAUAGGGAGCGCUUUUCGUAACAGCUGGGGAAGAAAGGAGUCCGAGCACAAGACUUACAGGAAGAAAAACUCAUCGGCAGGAAUGGUCGAAUUUGUUGGGUUGAUCAAGGUCAAUGUGGUCAAGGGCACUAACCUGGCUGUUCGUGAUAUGAUGACUAGUGACCCUUAUGUCAUUCUCACGUUGGGCCAACAAGUGAGGCUUUUCUCGACAUUUAAAAUGAUAAUCAGAGUAGAGACCAGCAAAGCCAUAGACCAACAUAGACUAAAAAGUGGAAGUCUGUCUCCGUGCAGCUUGUGUAUGACAAGGACACAUUUUCUACUGACGAUUUCAUGGGAGAGGCUGAGAUAGACAUCCAAGCCCUCCUCACUGCAGCCAAAGCUUAUGAGAAUUCAUCCAUCACCGAGCCAAUGCAACUUGGGAAGUGGCUUGCUAGCAAAGACAACACCCUGGUGAAGGACAGCAUCAUCUGCCUGUCUGAUGGAAAAGUCAAGCAGGAGAUAACCCUUAAGCUUCAAAAUGUGGAGAGAGGGGAGCUCGAGAUUGAGCUUGAGUGCGUACCCCUCAGUCAGUAAGCUGGAAAUUUGUCCCGACGACAUUUCGUCGGUUUAUUCGAGUAACUUUUUAGGUGUAUGAACUUGUGAAUUAUAGUGGAUGUAAACUAGGGAGUUCCAAACGAACUUCAAUGAAAUUAGUAGAUUUAGCUUAAUCCGUGCCUUGAACAUUUAAUUUUGUAUCUUCCUCGUGUCUUAGAACAGCAAAGGCCUCUUUCUCACCUCUCGAGGCCUCUCAUCUUGUUUUCUUCUCUUUGCCUUUAUUUGGACGUAUAAUUUUCUUUUUC